AUGGUUGAAGCUCCACCUAGUGUCAGUACCAUUGUCACCACCAAUGCACCAUCCAUAGUUGCAACCACAGUUGUUUCCAAGGAGGCAUCAACAACAACUACUACUUCUCCAUCAACAGAAACACCAUUGGUUACCACAACCUUGAUACCAGCAAUUCCAUCUUCUAUUGCUACAACUUCAAGUCAGAAUGUUCCUAAGAUAUCGGUUGUUAUUCAGAAGGAGGCCACAACUCCAUCUACUAAUACAAAAUUACCACCAUGGAUGGAUAUAGUAGCACCUAAAAGGAAGAAACGGGUAAUUUUGCCAGAUGAAUUUGAUUUUGAACAAUUGACUCCUCCCAAAUCCAAAAGUACUAAAAAGCCAAAGACUGUUUCUCGGGUGUUGGUGGAUCCUACUACCAAAAUGAAAUAUGCUGAGGUUAUGGUGCCAUCUUCAAAUAAGAACAAGGAUAAUAUCCAACUUGGAGAUUAUACUAUGCAGACUGUAGAGCUUGGAGUGGAGACACAUGAGAGUGUCAAGUUAGACUCUCAAACUGCUGUCAAUUCUCUUAUGCAAAGGUUUGAUCAAGAAAGAGAUGAAAAGAAUGAAUUGAAGCAGAAAUGUGAGCAGUUGACCAGUGUGCUUCUCAAGGUCAUACAAUCUUCUCAAGAAUUUGAGCCAAUUGUUUCUUCAAUUGAUACUGAGGCUCUCGAGAAGGUUGUUCAAAGUCAAAUGCAAGGUGUCAAAACUUCCUUAUCUCAAGAGGUAGAAGAUAUUGGAAAGAGCGUAACUCUUUGGGGUAAAAUGGAGGAUUUCAGAAUUGACAUCCUUGUGGAGAAUAAAGUAAUUCCAACAAGAGAGAAAUACAUCCAGAUUUUGUCAUUAUUGUCUCAUAAGAAAGAAACAAUAAGGUCAAUGAUUAUGGAGUUGGAUCGGGAGAAGAAGGAAGGUGAUGAUGAGAUUGAUCUUGUUUCGGCAAGGGUAGCUGAAAUUCCUUGUUAUUUGUAUGACGAUAAUCAAAAUCUUGUGACCAGUGAUGCCUUCAUACAAGAAUUUUUUUUUUGA